UGUGUCUGCGUCAUACCGAGUUCUGCGCAUGCGCAGUACGUGUCAUUUUCUUCUCCUCGCUUCCACAUCCUCUCCCACUUCGGGGAUAAAAGCAAACCUACGCCCCCAAAUAAACGCUUUGUAUGUUCGAGCUGGCUGUGCCUCGUAACUGCUCCGGCCCGCGUGCCGUGGCUAUGCUACAGUGGCGACGAGCCAGGAUACCACCCACUCGGUGAAAGGAGACCCGGAUUCUACAGCCGCGAAGGCAGCCUCGCCGAUUACAAGCAUGGCUCACCAGAUGCUCCCUGCAUUCAACGAAGACACAGAUAAGUGGAAGCCGUAUCUCAUUAAGGCAGAUGCCUACUUUGAAGCUAAUGAGAUCACCGAUUCGGCCAGAAAGAGAGCACUGCUCGUGGCAGCAUUGAGCACGCAAACCGUGCAAGUACUAGCCGGGAAAGUCGCACCGCGAGCUCCAAACGCUUUGAGCUUCGAGCAAGUUGUCGAGGUCCUAAAUGAGUACUAUGAUCCCAAGCGACAUGAAAUAACGGAGAGCUUCAAGUUUUUUAACCGCUGCCAGAUGGAAGGGGAACCUGUCACGAAGUUUCUGGUGGAAAUACGUCGCAUAGCCGAUAACUGUAAUUUUGGCAACGCCCUGGAUCGGAUGCUCAGGGAUCGUAUUGUGUGCGGUGUUCGGUCAACAGCUCUGCAGAAGCAACUACUAGCAAAGGCCGACCUAACGCUAGCUGAGGCCGAAGCGCUGGCAAUUUCAGCUGAAGCUGCCGAGAAUGACGCUAUGAAAAUGUCGUCCGAGCCAAAAGCUCUAUUGAAAUUGCAGGCGGCUCAAAAAGCACCGUCAAGAGGAAACAGAAAUGCCGAAGAGCAUCUGGAAUGCGGAAGGUGUGGCAGCUCAAAACACGAUGAUGUCGGUUGCGGAUGGGCAAAUGCGCGUUGCUAUCGUUGUGGCCGGCGGGGACACAUUGCUAAGAAAUGUCAAAGCCGCUCUAACCGCGGGAAGUUACCUGCCAGAGCAAUGUACGCUAAUACAUUGGCUAUAACGGAAAACACCCCAAGGGACGAUAGCAGUGACGAAGUCAACCUUUGGAAUUUGGUGUCGGAGCGAAAAAAUUUUCUCGAGCCACCAAUCCGCUGCUCAUUUAUAUGGGGCGGGGUGCAAGUCGCCAUGGAAGUCGACACCGGGUCCCCAGUGUGUGUCAUUUCUCGGGAGCUGUACAUGAGGCAUCGGAACCAUUGGCCUACCCUAAAGCCGUCACGCGUCAAGUUGUCUUGCUAUGCAGGGCCGUUACCGGUGUUGGGCGACCUGACACUACGUGUGGGCUUCAAAGACGUGCUCGUGGACUGUUCCCUCACAGUGCUGGACUGCGAAGGCCCAAGCUUAUGCGGAAGGGACCUGCUGACGCUACUAGACAAAGCUGGCGCUCCGGUGCUACAUGUGACUCCGGUCUGCGGAGCCACGAAGACAAGCGAAAUGGACCCUUGCAAGGUUAAGGCCAUUUUCACGGACUACCAAGACAUUUUCACUACAGAGCUCGGCCUAAUGAAGGGUCCUCCCGCAAGCCUGCACCUCAAAGAUGGAGCAAUACCGAAGUUUUGUAAGGCGAGAUCCCUUCCUUAUGCUCUACGCGAUAAGGUAUCUUUAGAGCUGGACCGACUUGUUUCCCUAGGUGUUUUAUCGCCAGUCAGUCACUCGGAUUGGGCAACGCCCAUAGUGCCGGUGCUAAAAAAAGAUGGCUCUGUACGCAUUUGUGGCGAUUUUAAAGUUACAUUGAACCCUGCAUGCGCAGUCGAACAGUAUCCGAUUCCCGUAAUCGAGGAUAUGUUCGCAGCUUUAAGCGGCGGUGAAUGCUUCAGUACCCUUGACUUGCGAGACGCUUAUAGCCAGGUGCCUCUAGAUGAAGCCGCUCGCAAACUUUGCGUAAUCAAUACGCAUAAAGGGUUAUUUUGCUAUAAUCGUCUUCCAUUCGGAAUAUCGUCGGCACCGUCGAUUUUCCAGAGAAAAAUUGACGCGAUUAUCAGUGAUUUACCCGGUGUUCAAGCCUACCUUGAUGACGUAAUCGUGUCGGAGAAGGAGUGCGAUAACGGAAAGCGAUUGAAAACUGUCUUAGAGCGUUUUCGAGAGCAUGGCGUUAAGUUACGAUAUGACAAAUGCAAAUUUAGGCAAUCGGCAGUCAUGUAUCUCGGACAUCGCAUUGACAGCGAGGGCCUCCAUCCAAUAGAAAAGAACGUGGAAGCUAUCAUGCGCACACCUUAUCCGCGGAAUGUGACAGAACUGCGGUCAUUUAUCGGAAUGUUGACGUUCUAUGCAAAAUUUUUGCCAAACAUGUCAACGCACCUAGCACCACUGUAUCAGCUAUUGCAAAAGAACGCGCGGUGGCAAUGGAAAGCACCGCAAGAGGCUGCUUUCGACGAAGCAAAAGAACGUCUGAAAAAUGCCCAAAUUCUUGUGCAUUUUGACCCCACAAAGGAACUCAAACUAGAGUGCGAUGCAUCGUCGCUCGGGGUCGGGGCAGUUCUGUUUCACUGUAUCAACAACGUAGACAGACCUAUCGGUUUUCGCUCAAGGACACUGACCCAAGCAGAGCGGAACUACUCCCAGUUAGAACGUGAAGCGUUGGCACUGAUCUUCGGUGUAACAAAAUUUCGGGACUAUCUUCUAGGUCGUGAAUUUACGUUGGUCACGGAUCAUCAACCACUCGUGGGCCUGCUGAGACCUGACCGCCAGACACCGACCAUGGCGGCUGCGCGAAUUCAACGCUGGGCGCUGUACCUCGGAGGCUACAAAUACAAACUUCAGUACGUUCCCGGGAAACAACUGCUCAACUCGGAUGCUCUCAGCAGACUACCACAGCAGGCGACCGGAGAUGGAGGGGAAGGUCCAAAUGACGAGAGCGACGACUGGACACUGCCGUCUGGCGGCAGUGUGUACGUCCGCAAUUACGGACAGGGGGAGAAGUGGAUCCCUGGUCGGGUCAAAUCGGCGACAGGAGCACGGAUGGUAACCGUAGAGACUCCCAAUGCCAUCGUCAAACGGCACGUCGACCAAGUACGCCGCCGCUCGGAUUCAUCACCAAGGUAUCCAGUCAACGAUACGGCUGCUGGUGGUCCAGGGACCAACCAGACGCCAGGUCCAAGCACGGCCGCCAAUGGAACCACUCCCUUGGAAGCGGCCGCCCCGGAUAGUACUUCAGCUACUGCCCAAACUCCGGAAAGCAACACUGAACCUCGCAACCCUCCUCUCCUAACUACCGCAGGUCCGGCCGAAGAUUCGCAGCAAGUCCUGCGUCGGUCAACAAGGCAGCGCAAGCCAGUGCAGCGGUUCCAUUUUUGAGGAGAGGGCAGUGUUGUGUCUGCGUCAUACCGAGUUCUGCGCAUGCGCAGUACGUGUCAUUUUCUUCUCCUCGCUUCCACAUCCUCUCCCACUUCGGGGAUAAAAGCAAACCUACGCCCCCAAAUAAACGCUUUGUAUGUUCGAGCUGGCUGUGCCUCGUAACUGCUCCGGCCCGCGUGCCGUGGCUAUGC